AUGACUAAGAUUCGAAGAUGCUAUAGGGUGUGCUAUGACAGUAAUACGUAUGAAGCAAGUUGUGAGUGUAAACACUUUCAGUUUCAUGGAAUCAUUUGUCGACAUAUGAUCUAUGUGUAUGACCAUUGUGGUGUUUCCAUUGUUCCUGAGAAGUAUAUUCUACGUCGUUGGAGGAAGGAUAUUCAAAGCAAACACACACGAGUGAAAGUAGCUUACCAUGAUCCACUUAAAACCGAUGAAGCCAGGCAAUAUCACAAAUUGAUGGGGAUGUAUGAACCUAUUUACUCAAAGGCUUCAGCUUGUAAGGAGGGUGUUGAGGCUGUGGCAGAGUUGUUGCAAUUGAUGGACCUUAGAGUCAAUGAAGUGUUGGCAAUGGUUGCCAAAAGACAGGAAUAG